AUGAAAUUCAAUACCUUCUUCCUACCACCCUUUAUUGCAACGCUGCCAAUCAUCGCCCAGGCAUCCCAAACGCUAAGUUGGCCAACCCCGGAUCACGACAGUUUCGUGAUCUCAGACUUUGCUUUUGACUCUGGCGAAAUCCUUAAUGAGCUCGAGCUUCACUAUCAGACGCUGGGCGAACUAAAAGUCAAUCCAGAUGGCACCAACAACGCCGUCCUUAUCCUGCACGGUACCACGGGAUCAAGCGAGCAGUUUUUCAACGAUGAUUUUGCAGGCGCGCUAUUCAACCCCAACCAGGCCCUGGACGCGCAAAAAUACUUCAUUGUUCUUCCUGACAGCAUUGGACAUGGAAACUCGAGCAAACCCAGCAACACCGGGCUCCACGCCAGGUUCCCAAGCUAUCAAUAUGCCGACAUGGUCCGCGCGCAUCACCGCCUUCUCACCGAGCAUCUCGGGGUCAACCACACGAGGCUGGUGCUCGGGGUCUCCAUGGGCGGGAUGCACACAUGGAUGAUGGGCGAAAUGUACCCAGAUUUCAUGGAUGCGUUAAUGCCCAUCGCUUGCCUACCUGCGCAAAUCGCUGGCCAGAAUCGACUGUGGAGGAAGUUCAUCAUUGAGUUAAUCCGGUCUGAUGCAGCAUGGAACGGAGGCGAUUAUCAAAACCAACCACUGGUGAGCCUUGCAGGCGCGCUAUCGCUUGUGCAAACGAUGUUUUCCUCGCCGGUUUCCUACCAGGCUCAAUACCCCACUCGAGAUGCGAUGGAUCAGUUUGUCGACGAACUUCUACCCCACGUGCCGGAUUACGAUGCCAACGACCAGCUAUACGCUUGGAACUCGUCUCAUCUUUACAACCCUGAGCCCGAUCUUGGGUUGAUCAAGGCGCCGUUGACCGCGGUGAAUACGGCCGAUGAUAUGAUGAACCCACCCGAGCUCGGAAUCCUGGAGCAGGCAGUUGAGCGCAAAAUGCGACGGGGCGUGGGCAAGGCAAUUGUGUUGCCGGUCUCUGACGGAACGAUUGGGCAUGGGUCUUACAUCAAGGCCAAGCUUUGGGAAGAUGAGCUAGCGCUUUUGCUAUCU